AGUAUAUCAUAUUAAUCGACAUUUCUUAAAUUUACAAAAUAUAUACCAUUAAUAUAGCUUUUGGAAAAUAUUGAAAAACUUAUAUCACUAUUGAUAUUAAUCUUUUUCGUGUUAUACGUAUGUUUUAAUUAACUAUCGAAAUUAACCAAAUGAUCAAUUUGACAGUUUCCUUCGAUCUUUUCACAUCAAUGAAAUUGUUGACGUUUGUUGCUAGAACGAUGCCCAUGUAUUAUCAGCUGCUUUUAAUAAAAUAAAUAAAUACAAAAUGGGUGACUUCUUGGCAUCUAAUAAUAUUUGUGGGCAAAAUUUAUUACGAUUAGUAUCUCGUGGAAAUGCUAUUAUAGCAGAAUUAAUGAGAUUAAAGGACUAUGUGCCACCUGUGUUUAGCUUGGACUCAAAACAAAUUAUACAAAAGUAUGGAUCUAUUAUAAUUGAUUUUGUAUAUUUUAAAUCUGCUAGUACAUAUGAGCAAAAAAUUGAAAGUGACCCAAUACUUCAAGAAACAGAUGAAGAAUUACGAAGUAAUUUUUCUGAUAUAAUUUCAAGAUUUUAUAUAGCCUUUGAAAGCAUGCACAAAUAUGUAACAGAUCUAAAUCUCUAUGUAGAUGAGUUAGGAGAUGGAAUGUAUAUUCAUCAGUCUAUAGAUACUAUUAUGCUCAACGAAGAGGGAAGACAAUUAAUGUGUGAAGCAGUAUAUUUGUAUGGUGUUAUGUUGCUUUUGGUGGAUUAUCAUUUUGAAGGAUGUAUAAGAGAAAGAUUACUUGUUUCUUAUUAUCGAUAUAAUGCUCAACGUUCAUCCUCUACAAGAGUGGAUGAUAUAUGUACGUUAUUACGAUCAACAGGAUUUUCUAAAAUUUCUAAUAAACGACCUGCAAAUUAUCCUGAAGAAUAUUUUAAAAGAGUGCCACUAAAUGAUUCCUUAAUUGAACAUAUUAUUGGACGCUUGCGUUCUGAUGAGAUAUACAAUCAAAGCCUUGCUUUUCCACACCCAGAACACCGUAGUACUGCUCUCUCUAAUCAAGCAUCAAUGUUAGUUAUAAUUUUAUCAUUUAAACCAUCCAUAUUACAUACUCAUACAGCUAUAAUGAGGGAAACAGUAGACAGAUUUUUCCCUGAUAACUGGGUGAUCAGUAUUUAUAUGGGAAUAGUAAUAAAUUUAUGUGAUUGGUGGUUACCAUACAAAGCAGCAAGAACAGCACUUAAUAAUACUUUGGAAUCAUCAAAUGUAAAAGUAAUUGCACAAAACUAUGGUCAAAAAAUGAAGAAAUUAAUAUGUGAAACAGAGGAAGUGCAAUUAGCAGUGACUUUAGACGAGAGUGCAAUAGGUUCUCUGGUAAAAUUAGUAAGGGAGUGUAAUGUAGUAUUACAUUGGAUACUUUUACAUACUGCAACGUCAACUAUAUCAUUAGAAGAUUCAAAACGUUCACGCAUGCUUAGACAAUUAGUAGUGACUGAAAGCAAAUAUACUACAUCUGAUUGUCUUCAAUUGUUAUUAAGUACUGCUCAAAUUGAGCAAGGUGUUAAACAAUUAUAUAAAGACUUGUUAUUUGGUAAAGAAACUAAAUGGAUUAGGGAUAAAGGAACAUGUGUUGAACGUAUAACAGAUCUUGCUCAAAUAUUUGGUGGUAAUAAAUCACUUGAUGGUAUUGAAAGAAAUCAAAAUUUGCAUACUUGGUUUAUGGAGAUAAGUAAACAUAUUGAUUCAUUGCAACAAGAGGAUGGAAGAAAAAUAGUGCAAUUAUUACAGGCAUUAGAAGAAGUGCAAGAAUUUCAUCAAUUGGAAAACAAUUUACAUAUAUCACAGUAUUUAGCUGAUACACGAGAAAUAUUGCAUAACAUGUUGCGUACAGGAAGCAUAACGGAAGAUACUAUGAUAAGUUUAAAUAUAGUGACAGAUUGUUGUUACGCAUGGAAUAUAAUGGAAUCAUUUAUUGAUACAAUGCAAGCUAGUAUAAAAGAAAGUCCUCCUACUGUAAUAAAAUUAAAAGCACUUUUUUUGAAAAUGGCUUCAGCUUUAGAAACUCCUUUAUUAAGAGUAAAUCAAGCACACAGUGCAGAUUUAUCAUCAGUAUCACAGUACUACAGCAGAGAACUAGAAAAAUAUGCAAGGCGUGUCCUGCAAAUAAUACCUGAAACUGUAUUUGGUUUACUUGCUGAAAUAGUACAUCUUGAAACCAAUGCCUUUAAAGAAAUUCCUACUAAACUGCCAAAAGACAAAUUAAAAGAUUAUGCACAAUUAGAUGAUAGAUUAAAGAUGGCUAAAUUAACAUAUGCUGUAUCAGUAUUUACAAAGGGGGUGUUGUCUUUAAGAAGUGUUCCAUUAGGUGUAUUAAGAGUUGAUUCACAUCGCCUUUUAGAAGAUGGUAUACGACAAGAACUUGUAAAAAAAGUAACUCUAGCUUUAGAUAAUGGUCUUAUUUUUGAACCAAAAUCAAAAAUAUCAUUGUUACAAAAACUUCAUAAUUUAACAGCAAUAAUAGAUGGCUACCGUAAAUCGUUUCAGUAUAUUCAAGAUUACAUAAAUAUUAAUAGCUUAAAAAUAUGGCAUGAAGAAAUAACAUAUAUCAUAAAUAAUGCAGUAGAAGAAGAAUGUACAGGUUCUUCUUGGACUUCGGGAAGAUCAUGGAGGUACUUUCAAGACGAAAGACAUGUUUCCGUUUCAGACAAUAAUUCUGCAACUUUCAUUGGUAGACUUGCUCGUGAAUUACUUCGAAUUACAGAUCCUAGAACAACUGUAUAUAUUGAACAUUCUCUUGCCUGGUAUGACCUCAAAACACAAACGGAAGUAUUAAAUUAUAAAAUUUUUUCAAGAACAUUAGAAGCAAUUGGCACACCCGGUUUAACUGGUCUUGAUAAACUUAUUUCCUUUUACAUUAUUACUGAAUUAAACAGUAUGAUACACCAUAUAGAAAAAAAUAUUCGCACUAAAAUGUGGUCAUCUACAAUUGAUUAUUUUGAUGCAAUAUUGAAUUCUGUGGAUGGUCCUAAAGGUAACAUGUCAAAAUUUCACAGUUCCAUUACUGCUCAAACAAGUAAAUUUUGUCCACAAUUACUUGACUGUGUAUUGAAAGUCGGACAUUAUCAACUUCUUAAGAAAAAAAUAGCGUAUGAAUUAAACACAGCUUGUAAAUUUGAAGCAAAGCAUAUGGAAGCAGCAUUGCAAACAUUAAACACAGCUAUAUUAUUUGAAAUUGAUAAACAAAAUAGCAAUGAACAAACUGAAACCGAAAAGAAUGAAUUACUACACGAGCUUAGUAUUAGAUUAGAUUGGGCUGGUAUAAGCAAUCCCCAUAAUAAUAUUUAUAUUAAAUCUCCAAAUAUAAAUAAUAUUGCACUUAUUAUGUUUUUACUUACUGUAUUACAAUUAUCCAAAUUACAAUAUUGUAAAAAUACAGGAAGUCUUUUGAGUAAAAGACCUCAAGAUCCUCUUGAUGCUGUAGUUUUUGUUAUUGGAGUACAAACUAUUUUACGUCAAUGUACCUAUUCUGCAAUGACACGCUAUGUUAAAUAUCUUUGUAUAUAUGUUCUUUCUUGUGUUGCUUCAGAUAGUAUAAAAGCAGGAAGUGAUGGAGAAUCAGAAGGAUAUAAUACUUUACAUAUUCUAGAAUUAUUUACGAGAUAUUCUGGUAUACCACGGUCAUUUAUACUUAAAGAAAUUCCUAUGAUCAUUAUGGAUCAUUUCCAAGCAAAGACUGCUAAAUAAAUAAUAUAAUUCUGUGGCUAAAAAAGUAAUUCGCAUUACAUUGAAAUAUGAAAAAUAUAAAUAUCGUUUAUUUUGUACAUACAUUUAAAUAUGGAUCUGUAUUUUGUACGUACAUGUAUUUUAAUAUAUGUAUGAUUGUAUCAGUUCUUGUUAAAUGAAAAAUAAUAAAAUUCUAUUACUAUUACAAAA